AUGAAGGCAGAAACCUUCCUGGAGUCACUGGUGAUCCUCAGCCUGUUCCAGGCACCUGUAUCCUCUUCCUAUGAUGUGCCUGUGGAGAUAUCAGACACAUCCCUGCUGAGCAGUGUGGCCGAGGCCAAGCAGCUGGUGGAUGCAGCCUACAAGCGCACGAGGGACCGUGUAAAGCAGCACCUGCAGAAUGAUGCUUUGACCCCAGCAGAGCUUCUGAGAUACUUCAAGCAGCCAGUGGAGGGGACUCGGGUUGCUGUCCGGGCAGCAGAUUACAUGCAGACCACCCUAAGCCUCCUCAAGGAGAAGCUGAGAUGGGCUGUGAGGGGAGAAUUCAACGUCACAGACUUGCUGACUCCAGCUCAGGUGGGGAUGAUUUUCAAGGCCAGUGGAUGUGACCAGCAGGAGAAGAAAAUAAAGUGUGGUUGUUCCUGCUACAGAACCAUCACUGGGGAGUGCAACAACAGGAGGAACCCAACCUUAGGAGCCUCCAACAGAGCCCUGGUCAGGUGGCUGCCAGCAGAAUAUGAGGAUGGAGUGUCUGUGCCUCGUGGAUGGACAGAAGGAAGACGUUUCUCUGGGUUCCCUUUGCCACUGGUUCGACAAGUGUCAAACGAGAUCGUUCGCUUCCCCACAGAGCAGCUCCAGCUGGACCAGCAGAGAUCACUCAUGUUCAUGCAGUGGGGACAGUUCAUUGACCAUGACCUGGAUUUCAGCCCAGAAACACCAGUCAUAUUCCCCUUUACUGGGGGGCCAGACUGUGACACCAGCUGUGCCAAGAAACCUCCCUGCUUUCCCAUCCAGAUCCCAGCCAAUGACCCCCGAAUCCGCAACAGGAGGGAUUGUCUUCCCUUCUUCCGCUCUGCUCCUACCUGUACUCAGGGCAGAGCCAUCCGGGACCAGAUCAAUGCUCUCACCUCCUACCUGGAUGGCAGUGUGGUCUAUGGCAGCGAAGUGGCCUUGGCCAACAGGCUGAGGGACAGGAGCCGCCAGCUGGGCCUGUUGGCUGUCAACCACAAGUUCACAGACAGGGGCAAGGCAUACAUGCCCUUUGGGCCCAUAAGGAAAGAGCCCUGUCUCAAGGCCAGUGGGGCAGCUCGGAUCCCUUGCUUUAUGGCAGGUGACACUCGGGCGAGCGAGAUGCUGGAGCUGGCCUGCAUGCACACCCUCUUUGUGAGGGAGCACAACCGCCUGGCUGUCAGCCUGAAGAGGCUCAAUCCCCACUGGAAUGAUGAGAAGCUCUACCAGGAGGCACGAAAGAUCCUUGGAGCUAUGAUCCAGAUCAUAACCUACAGGGACUACCUGCCUCUCCUGCUGGGCUGCAGGUUCCAGAGCUUGAUCCCUCGUUACCGAGGCUACAACGAGUCUGUGGAUCCUCGAAUAUCCAACGUCUUCACCUUGGCCUUUCGCUUCGCCCACGCCGCAAUUCCCCCGACUGUUGGGCGCUUGAAUGAGAAUUACAAGCCCAUAAGACCUGAAAUUCCACUUGGAACCUCCUUCUUUGCUGUCUGGAGGAUCAUUCAAGAAGGUGGGAUUGAUCCCUAUCUCAGGAGCCUGAUGGCUAAUCAGGCCAAGCUGAUGACACAGAAGCAAAUGGUGGUGGAUGAGCUCCGGGAUCGGCUGUUUGAGCAGGUGGAAAGAAUUGGGUUUGAUCUUCCUGCACUUAACAUGCAGCGCAGCAGGGAUCAUGGCCUACCAGGUUAUAACUCCUGGAGACAAUUCUGUGGGCUCUCCCAGCCUUCUGGAGUGAAGUCACUUGGUCGAGUGCUGAGGAAUCAGAAGCUGGCAAGGAAGUUCUUACGACUCUAUGGGACACCCAAGAACAUUGACAUCUGGAUUGGGGCCCUUGCAGAGCCCUUUGUGAAUGGAGGCAGAGUUGGGCCUCUCAUGGCUUGUCUCAUUGGCACCCAGUUCAGGAACAUUCGGGAUGGGGACAGGUUUUGGUGGGAGAACCCUGGGGUUUUCACCCCUCAGCAACGCCAUGCACUGGCCAAAGUCUCCUUGUCACGAAUCAUAUGUGACAACACUCACAUCACUAAGGUUUCAAGGCACAUCUUCAGGGCUAACAGGUACCCCCAUGGCUUUGUGAGCUGCAGACACAUCCCAAAGUUGGACCUCAGGGCCUGGAAGUCAAGGAGCAACAAGGAGCAAGUUUAG